AUGGGUUGUUGCGUCAGCUCCGACCAGAAAGAUGAGCCUGUCUCCGGCAAGAACACAGCAACGUCUCCAUCCGUCGUCGAGGAAGAGACAGUAGUCAAAGAAGUCUUGUCCGAAACCACAUUGUUCACUCCCUCUAACGACAAUUCGACUGUGGAGACGACGACGGGGACGAACAAGAUUCCGGAAGAUGAAGAGAAGAAACUUGGAGCUGUCGAGGUAUCUCCGGACCCGUUUUUCAACGGUACCGGUUCCGUUGAACCGGAAAUGGGAUCGGAGGUCUCGGAAAUUUGUAGUUUGAGCGAGAGUCUGCUUUCGAUCGUGAAUGGGUGCGACGAAGAAGAAGUGAAACAGAGAAAACCAGAGGGAGUAAGACAGAGAUCUCCGGCGAAGUGUCGGAACCGGGUCAUGCUUAAUCACCCGACCCGGAGAACAGAAAUGUCUCCCCGGAAGAGAAACAUUGAAGGAAGAGGAGAAGGAGCCGGCUCUGUGAUGCCGAGUAAGAGAGACCCGACUGAGAGAUCCCAGAGAAGGUCCAGGUCGCCGGCGAUGAACAGGUCCGUCAUGAUGGGUCCGACGCAAUAUAAUACCGACAAUGGUGGAGCAAUGAGGAAAAAAGGCCAGUCUCCGGGUCGGGUCAGACCUGAUUCGAACAAAACCGGGUCAUAUCAAGAUUGUCGUCAUCUGACUAGUUGCGGACAUGGCGGUGCGGCUGCUGUGAAUGACAAUUAUACCCCUAACGACCUGUUUGAGAACCCUCUUGUUUCGUUAGAGUGUUUCAUCUUUCUGUAA